AUGCAGGCGCCAUCCCUGCCUGUGACCAGAGCGGCUGCCUCUGUUGAGCCCUGGGCUGCAGAUGGUCCAAUUCCUUUCUCCGCUUCCCUGGCCGCCGUCAUCCCCAAUGUCCCCCUUUCCCCCGCCCCCCCCCCAAGCAAGAUGCAGGUUGGGCUGCCCCCUGCCUCCCCCUGCUGCUGCAACAAGGAGGCGCCAGCUCAAGCCCAGCUUUGAGCAGCGAGGUCAGAAGGGACUGUGCGAAGCUGGGGGAGAGCGGUGCCCGCUGCGAGCGCCAAGGGAGGGAUUGAUGGCACACGGGGAAAGGGAAGACGUCCCCUUCUGCAGAUGGCUGGGGGCGAGGGGCUGCUUGGGCACUCUCAGGGAGGAUGUGGCAGGGGUAGGGGGCAUGGGCAUAGCCAGGGGGGAGCAGCCCCCCCAUCAAUUCAAUAAAUAAAAAUACUGAACUAAAAGCAGAAAUUGUAGAAAGAUUUUGAGAUCUUUCUAAGCACUUGGGGUCAAAAGAAAGUGAUUUGAAACACCGGUUGUUGAAACAUCUCUUUCGGAAUCUGCUAGACAGAGCCAGAAGAUGAUGACCAGUGGCUGUCCUGGCCACCCCCACCCCACAACAUAAAUCAUCACUUGAAGUGUUUUAUGCUUGUGCAAAGGAGGGGGCAUUUUUUGAAACAGUUCCCUGGUUUUGGAACAUCCUAGAGGCUCGACUUGCAUAUUACAGUCUUUUGGACAUCAGGUUAAGACUUCCUUGCUUGCCCUGCCAUUUUGAAGGAGCUGUGUUUGGUGUUUAGCAGUUGUCUUUUAGUUUUUAUUGAAGGUAGGGGUGUGUGUGCGCGCGCGCUCUUAUGGCUUUUAUUUUGCUUUUAUUAAUGCAUUAGAUUACAGUGGAUGCUCAGGUUGCGAAUGUGAUCCGUGCAGGAAACACGUUCACAACCUGCAGCGCUUGCAACCAGCAGUGGCGCAUCUGCACACGUGCAGGUCGCGAUUUGGCGCUUCUGCGCAUGCGCAAGUGCUGAAACCCAGAAGUAACCCGUUCCGGUACUUCCGGGUUCGGCGUGGUGCACAACCCGAAAUCACACAACUCAAAGUGUCUGUAACCCGAGGUAUGACUGUAUUGCUGUCAUUGUGCACCGAGGAGCAAUUUCAGGGGAAAAAAGUAAAAUAAAAUGGGAGAUAAGAGGCAGUGUGGCACUGAAUUCUACUUGCUGGGCACUGCAAGAGUGGAGAGUGCUGUUGCUCUCAUUUCCUGCAUGUGGGCUCCCUAUACACAUCUGGUUGGCCCCUAUGAGAACAGGAUGGUGGACUAGAUGGGCCUUGGGCCUGAUCCAGCAGGGCUCUCAUGUACUUAAGUGAACCAGUCUUCCCAUGUUUCUCUGCAUCUAAUUUUACGUCUUGUUACUUUUUCUUGAAGUUGAGAUCCACUGACGUUGUCCCAGCAGAUGCCAAGAGGGGACGUGAGCAGGAAACCUGUGUAGCCAAAAGCACAUUGUCGAGAGAAGACAUCCCUGGAGGGAUGGAGCCCCAGAGGCCUGGCCUGGAACUAAGUCGCGGGAGACUGGCUGUGGGAGACUUUGUCCUAGCACUUCCCACCAAACCUGCCCCCAUCUCCUCCAGCGAGGGCCAGAAACCCUACAUGUGUACUGAGUGCGGGAAAGGCUUCGGCCAAAGCUCGCACCUUAUGCGCCACCUGGGCACGCACUCGGGGGAGAAGCCAUACCGGUGCGCGGACUGCCCCAAGGCCUUCACGCAGCUGUCGAACCUGCGGCAGCACCGGCGCAUGCACACUGGGGAGCGCCCCUACUCCUGCGACUGCUGCGGGAAGUGCUUCUCCUGGAGCUCCAACCUGGCGCAGCACCGGCGCCUCCACACCGGCCAGAAGCCCUACGCUUGCGCCCAGUGCGGCAAGCGUUUCUGCGAGAGCGCCCGGCUCCUGGAGCACCAGCGCACCCACACAGGCGAGCGCCCCUAUGCCUGCUCACAGUGCCACAAACGCUUCAGCCGCAGCUCCCACCUUGCCCGCCACCAGCGUCUCCAUGCAUCUGUCUCAUGCACAGAGGAGGAGCCUUUCCCUUGCAGCCAGGGCGCUGCGCUCCUCCGACGCCACCAUCGUGCGCACCACAACUAG